CGCGUCUCCAGCCAUCCGGUAUGAUGGCGACUUUGCUUUGUCUCCAGUGAACAGGGUUGCAUCAAUAGUCGAUAUAUAUUUUUCUUCUCUCUAAAAUUAACAGUGUUUUAUCUCCGGGACGACGUGCCAAGAACUACACGUGUCUCAGUCGUUCAAGAAAUGACUACAGAGUACAGAAGGUAAAAUGAGUAAGGCCUCAGCUGAAUCUACAGACCAAGUGAUGGAGGAGGAAGUAGGUCAGCUUCCGAUUACAGACCAGGAGGAGGAGGAGGAGGACGAGGAGGCUGGGAGCUCAACAGAGACUGAGAGACCCUCCUCUUCUCACACCAAGAGGAAGCCUUCUGUUGUAGCCAAGCAAGUUGGAGGGAAUGAGUCAGACACCUCGGACGAGAGUGGACAGGACGAUGGCGCCUCAGAUGGGAUGUUGGUUGUGCGGCCUCCUGCUGGGACUGACAACAAGGAGGACAAGAGCAGAGGAGCCAUGAAGCUCCGAGUGGACCUCUCACGGAGAAAGACAGGUAAAAUGAGUAAGGACUCAGCUGAAUCUACAGACCAAGUGAUGGAGGAGGAAGCAGGUCAGCUUCCGAUUACAGACCAGGAGGAGGAGGAGGCUGGGAGCUCAACAGAGACUGAGAGACCCUCCUCUUCUCACACCAAGAGGAAGCCUUCUGUUGCAGCCAAGCAAGUUGGAGGGAAUGAGUCAGACACCUCGGACGAGAGUGGACAGGACGAUGGCGCCUCAGAUGGGAUGUUGGUUGUGCGGCCUCCUGCUGGGACUGACAACAAGGAGGACAAGAGCAGAGGAGCCAUGAAGCUCCGAGUGGACCUCUCACGGAGAAAGACAGAUACCACAUUGCAGGAGAGGAUAGACUGCACUGCCUGUGGACAGCAGGUCAAUCACUUCCAGCGCCACUCGGUGUUUGAGCACCCGAUGCUCCAUGUGCUCCUCUGCAAGUCGUGUUAUAAGUAUUACACCAGCGAUGACAUCAAUAAAGACGAGGACGGCAUGGACGAACAGUGCAGGUGGUGUGCUGAAGGUGGCAACCUGAUCUGCUGUGACUACUGCCACAACGCCUUCUGUAAGAAGUGCAUCCUGCGUAACCUGGGGCGCAAGGAGCUGUCCAUGAUCACCGACGAGGACAGUAAAUGGUCCUGCUAUAUCUGCAGCCCUCAGCCUCUCUCAGACAUCGCCUCCAACUGCUCCAACAUCUUGACCAAGCUGGAGAGCUUCUGGCGCACGGGACGCAAGAAAGAGAGGGAGGAGAAAGAGAGGAAGGAGGUGAAAGGGCACAGUAAGGGUAAAGGUCACCACCACCAUGGUAAAGCUGUGGUGAACGGUAAGGAACAUUCAGACGGGUCAGGGACCCUCACCUUCUCCUAUAAGACCCUGAAGGUCCCCAAGGAGCUGGUGAAGAGGACCAAGAAGCUGAUUGAGACGACCACAGGGCUCAACAACACCUUCAUCCAUUUCAUCCAGCAGGCUGAGGAGGAGCAGGGAGCAGGAGGUGGCGGCAGCGGGACCAGACACAGACACCUCAAGGCCUUCAGGUCUGUUCUGGCUGAUCUGAAGAAGGCCCAUGCUGCUCUAGAGAAAGACUUGGAGUCACAGUUCACUUCCCAGGACCAGGGGAUGCAGAAUGGGGAUGCUGUUUCCAACACCGACGGCCAUGACGGCCACGAUCAGAUAGACAAUGGGCAAGAGGCAGAAGAGGACAAAAUGGCCGACACUGAGGAUGGGGAGGAGGAUGGUGGUGUGUCAGAGGACACAGAGAUGGAGGGGAGCCCCACCCCCAUGCCUCAGGACCACUCAGAGACAGGCAGCCAGGCUAAAGACCAGACAGUGGUGAAAAUGGAGGAGGAGGAUGGAACAGAGGAGGAAGCUGACCGGGAUAAAGACAUCGUGUCCGUCGGGCCGUCCGUCCCUGACGAGCUCUUCCAGAUGGUCAAGAGUUUAGCGGACUCCACCGGGUUAACGCCCGGUAACGACGCCACGGAACUCACAGCGGCUAGCCAAUCGGAGAACCCCGCUGCUGGCUCAACCAGGAAGUCACAUGACACCCAGAAGGAGAAGGCCAUGCCGAAGGUUAAGAACCUCAUCUUGAAGCUGACGCCUGUUCCCGUGGUUACCACACGCGCCUCCAGGUCUAAGAGUAAGGAUGGAGGGAGGGAGAAGGAGAGGAGUAAGGAUGGAGGGAAGGAGAGGAGUAAGGAUGGAGGGAAGGAGAGGAGUAAGGAUGGAGGGAAGGAGAAGGAUGGAGGGAAGGAGAGGAGUAAGGAUGGAGGGAAGGAGAGGAGUAAGGGUGUUGGGAAGGAGAAAGAGAGGAGUAAGGAUGGAGGGAAGGAGGUGGAGGUAGAUGGGGCCUCCGAGGAGGACAGCCGAUGCUCCAGUCGCACAAAGACCACACCCCUCAGGAAGUCACCGGAGGGGAAAAACAAGAUGUCCGCCUCUCAGGAGAACAUCGACUCAGAAGGCGAGGAGAAGAGCCCCAGCAAGCUGAAGAGGAGAACCAAGGGCAGCUCUGAGAAAGAACGGGGGAACGCGGAGGAGAAGGAGCAGAAAGAGAGCAAGGCCUCCUCCAUGGUAACCUCUGACCCUUCGAAACAGGACGUGGACUCAGAUUCUGACGAGGUUCCAGACAUCCUGGUCCAGACUGCAGCGGCGGAACACAGCUCGGACGAGGAUGCGCAGCAGGACACCGACAGUAACCAGGGCAACAAGCGCGUCAAGAAGUGCCUGUUCAAACUGAGCAAGAAAGAGGAGGAGGAGGAGGAGGAGGAGCAGGUGGGAGAGGAGGAGGAGGAGCAGGUGGGAGAGGAGGAGGAGGAGGAGGAGCAGGUGGGAGAGGAGGGAGAGAAUGACAAGGAGAAGACUGACAAGAAGCCGGCGGCCAAACGCAAACUGAAAGCCGACGACUCCGACAACUCAGAGUCUGACUCCGAUGAAGACGCAAAGAAGAAAAAUAAGUCCUCCACGGCUUCUGACAAGAAGACAUCCAAGAAGAAGCAGAAGGUCUCGGACGGCUCCUCCAACUCGGACCUGGAGAAGGAGAUGAAGGGACUCAGCAAACUGACGACAGGGAAACGGAGGAGCAGCCGUGUGAAGAAGGAAAGAGAGGAGAAGGAGAACAAGGGCGGAGAUCGGAGGCGGUCGUACGAACUGAAACGCAAAGCCAGAAGUAGAGGAGCCAAGCAGCAAGAUUCAUCGUCUGAUGAUGACGACGAGGAGGAGGGAGGAGGGUCUGGAGAGGAGAGUGGAGACCAGCAGAAGAUUAAACCCAUCGUGGAGGAGACUGUGGUAGCAGGGAGGGAAACCUUCCACCAGUCCUCAGGAGAAGAAGGUAACCAUGACGCUUCUCAGAUGGCUGUUGAUGAUGACGAUGAUGAUCCAGAAAACAGGAUUGCCAAGAAGAUGCUGCUGGCCCAGAUCAAGGCCAACUACUCUUCAGGAGCAGAGGAGAGCUCUGACGAGGACGGAGAAGAGAAGGAACAGAGGAAGGGAGGAGAGGAGGAGGAGGAGGAAGAGGAGGCAGAUGAUGGUGAGGAGGAAGAGGAGGAGGAGGAAGGGGACUCUGGCUCUGACAUGGAUGUGAAGAAGAGUGGGGGGCGUCGCCACCGGCUGCUCCGCCACAAACUGACGCUGAGCGAGGGAGAGUCAGGAGAGGAGAAAGAGAAACCAGCCAGCAAGGGGAAGAAGGAGACCAAGAGGACCAGACGGAAAGUGGGCAGUGAUGACUCAGCAGACUUAGACUCUGAGGAGUCGGCUAGCAGCAGUGAGUCAGGAGUUAGUGAGGAGAUCAGUGAGGAGGAGGAGUCAGAGGAGGAGUCAGAGGAGGGCAGCAGUCGCAGGAGGACCACGCGCUCCUCCAAGAAGAAGAAGAAGAAGAAGAAGGAGGAGAGGAGCUACGCCCAGAAGAAGAAACGCCGUCGCAUCAAGGUUCAGGACUCUUCAUCUGACGAGAAGAGCGGGUCAGGAGAGGACGGCUCGGGGAAGGAGGAUGGAGACACUCCUAAAGGACAGAGGAAGAAGAUCAGAAAAAUCCUCAAGGACGACAAGCUGAGGACGGAGACGAGAGAUGCCCUGAAGGAGGAGGAGGAGAGGAGGAGACGCAUCGCUGAGAGGGAGCAGCUCAGGGAGAAACUCAGAGAGGUACUCGUGGUGGAGGAGGCGUCCGCCGUGGCUUGUCCAAUCACAACCAAGCUGGUGCUGGAUGAAGACGAGGAGACCAAGGAGCCCAUGGUGCAGGUCCACCGCAAUCUGGUCACUAAGCUCAAACCACACCAGGUCGACGGGGUCCAGUUCAUGUGGGACUGCUGUUGUGAGUCGGUGAAGAAAACCAACAAGAACUCUGGUUCUGGAUGUAUCCUGGCUCACUGUAUGGGUCUGGGAAAAACACUGCAGGUGGUAACCCUACUCCACACACUACUGCUGUGUGAAAAGUUAGACUUCUCCACGGCUCUGAUCGUCUGUCCUCUCAACACCGUUCUCAACUGGCUCAAUGAGUUUGAGAAGUGGCAGUACGGCUUCAAGGACGAGGAGAGUUUAGAGGUGACGGAGCUGGCCACGGUGAAGCGUCCUCAGGAGAGAGCGUCUGCUCUGCAGCAGUGGCAGGAGGAUGGAGGAAUCAUGAUCAUUGGCUAUGAGAUGUACCGUAACCUCACACAGGGUAGAAACAUCAAGAGCAAGAAACUCAAAGAGACCUUCCAGAAGACCCUGGUUGACCCAGGCCCAGACUUUGUGAUCUGUGAUGAGGGCCACAUCUUGAAGAACGAGGCGUCGGCCAUCUCUAAAGCCAUGAACUCCAUCAAGACCCGACGGAGAGUGGUGCUCACCGGCACACCGCUGCAGAACAACCUCAUAGAGUACCACUGCAUGGUGAACUUCAUCAAGGAGAACCUGCUGGGGUCAGUGAAGGAGUUCAGGAACCGCUUCGUCAACCCCAUCCAGAACGGACAGGCAGCAGACUCCACAGACCAGGAUGUACGGAUCAUGAAGAAGAGGGCUCACAUCCUCUACGAGAUGCUCAAUGGAUGUGUUCAGAGAAGAGACUACUCUGCCCUGACCAAGUUCCUGCCUCCUAAACAUGAGUACGUUGUGUCCGUCAGAGUCACGCCCAUCCAGUGUACUCUAUACCGACACUACCUGGAACACUUAACAGGUGCGGGGAACGUGGUGGAGGGGGGUCGGGGCCGAGCCGGGACCAAACUGUUCCAGGACUUCCAGAUGCUCAGUAGAAUCUGGACCCAUCCCUGGUGCCUGCAGCUGGACUACAUCAGCAAGGAAAACAAGGGGUACUUUGACGAGGACAGCAUGGACGAGUUCAUCGCCUCGGAGACCGAGGAGUCUUCUAUGAGCAUGACCUCUGAAGACGAGAAACAGAAAAAGAAGAAGAAGCGAGGGAAGGCCAGGAAGAAGGACAGUGACUCAGACAGUGACGCUCUAGAGGUGAUAAAGGAGUGGAACACCAGCUCCCGAGGGGGAGACCCUUCCAGCCGCAACCGGGCGGAGCCAGAGGAGGAAGUGCGCCCGGCUUCCAGCCCUGGCACCAGGAGUCCUGACUGGCACAAGGAGUUUGUUACGGAGGCCGACUCUGAGAUCCUGGAGCAUUCUGGGAAGAUGGUGCUGCUGUUUGAGAUCCUCCGUAUGGCCGAGGAGGUGGAGGACAAAGUUCUGGUUUUCAGUCAGUCUCUGAUCUCUCUGGACCUGAUUGAAGACUUCCUGGAGCUGGCUGGCCGAGCCAAAGAGGAGGAGAAACAGUCUCCCUACAAAGGUGAGGGGAAGUGGUUCCGGAACAUAGACUACUACCGCUUGGACGGCUCCACCAACGCCCUGAACCGGAAGAAGUGGGCAGAAGAGUUCAAUGACACCAGCAACGUCCGAGGUCGGUUGUUCCUGAUCUCGACCAGGGCUGGUUCUCUGGGAAUCAACCUGAUAGGAGCUAACAGGGUCAUCAUCUUCGACGCAUCCUGGAACCCGUCGUACGACAUCCAGAGUAUCUUCAGGCUCUACCGCUUCGGACAGCUCAAGACCUGCUACGUCUACCGAUUCCUGGCUCAGGGUACUAUGGAAGAGAAGAUCUAUGACCGCCAGGUAGCUAAACAGUCCCUGUCCUUCCGAGUGGUGGAUCAACAGCAGAUAGAGAGACAUUUCACCAUGAAUGAGCUGACGGAGCUCUACGCCUUUGAACCUGACCUUCUGGAUGAUCCCACUGGCAAGAAGAGCAAGAGGACCACGCCUAUGCUGCCAAAGGACCCCUUCCUAGCUGAGCUGCUCCACAGCAAUAAGGAGCAGAUUGUGGGCUAUCAUGAACAUGACUCCCUGCUGGAUCACAAGGAAGAGGAGGCUCUCAGCGAGGAGGACCGCAAAGCAGCCUGGGCCGAGUACGAGGCGGAGAAGAAGGGUCUGUCUCUGCGUGUGAACCAUGGAGCGUACGGAGGACAGAUGGACAUGGGAGGAGCUAACAGCUACUUCCCCUUCAACGUUGCCGCACUGGCCUCUAUGUCCAACCCUCAGCUGGAGGAGUUGAUCAACCAGGGCCGUCAGAAGGUGAUGGAGGCCACCAACGCUCUCAAGUUCCUUCCCAGAGAAUCUCUAGAGGACACCAUCGGGAGAGUGUGGAAGGAGAACCCAGCCCUAACGGAGUCCCAGGUCCAGGCCAUGGCUCUGGGGAGACAGGCCAGUGUAGAGAUGGAACUCAAACGAAGAGAAGCUGUCUACAGAGACGUCCUCAAUAAGCAACAGACUCUAAUGAUGUACGUUCAGAAGGUGAUCACCAACAGGAAGGUGAGAGAGCAGCAGAUGGCCAUGGCCAACCAGGCCCAGCUGAUGAGCCAGAUGAACGGCAUGCUGGGAGCUGGAGGGAUGAGCCAGAUGGAACUCUUGGGGUUGUACCAACAGCUGGGGGCGCUACAGGGUCAUCCCACCCACCCCUCCAUGGGCGGCAAGAACCCCGGCCCCUCCAAGGGCAACCUGUAAGGGGAGGGGGACCCAGGGCUUGCUCCACAUAGUCCCCUAUCUAUUCUCUACAUAGUGCACUAUCCACUUCAUAUUGGCUCUGGUCAAAAGUAGUGCACUAUUUAGGCAAUAGGGUAUCAUUUGGGACUCAGACCCACUCACUGCCCCCUCACUGUCUCACUCAGUAGGUUGCUCCCUAAUGCUGCUCCGUCUCCUAUGUAGUGCACUAGAUGGAGCCCAGAUCCCUAGGGUUUUGGUUAGAAGUAGUGCACUAUGUAGGGGAUAGGGGUGGGAUCUGGGACGUUGCCCGCUGUCUUUACAACCCUCCUUCACUGGGGAGGUGCGAGACGACACAGAGAGAAGGGUCUCGGAGCCCCUCACCACUCCCUCCAGCUCUCCCGUCUCCUGAAGCAGGGAACGACAUGACUUGUAUGGGGACUUAUAUGAAGGCGUUUUUAGAAAUGUCAUUUGAAAUUCUGUAUAUACCGCCUUAAUGUUAUUCAACUUCUCUUCUGUCUUCAGUUUUCAUGUAUUUAAAAUAACGUAAAGAAAGGGAAAUGUUUUUGUCCCAAUGCAGUACGUUAUUCUUUCCCCAAUAAGAAGGGGUUGUUUCAUGAAUUUGAUUAUUCUGUUGUGUUUUGCUACAGUUUUAAUGAAUGCCUGUCUAUCUAAAGAACCCCCAGAGGGAGACCAUAGUGCUGACAGGACUGUUUUAGGAUAUUAAACAUCUAGAUGAUUAGAUCCCCUAUAGAACCCUCCCUCUACCAAGGCAGACACACGCAGGCAGACACACGCAGGCAGACACACGCAGGCAGACACACGCAGGCAGACACACGCAGGCAGACACACGCAGGCAGACACACGCAGGCAGACGCACGCAGGCAGACGCACGCAGGCAGACGCAGGCAGACAGACACACGCAGACAGACACACGCAGACAGACACACGCAGACAGACACACGCAGACAGACAGACACGCAGACACGCAGGCAGACAGACAGACAGGCAGACAGACAGACAGGCAGGCAGACAGACAGGCAGGCAGACAGACAGACAGACACGCAGGCAGACAGACAGACACGCAGGCAGACAGACAGACACGCAGGCAGACAGACAGACAGACACGCAGGCAGACAGACAGACAGACACGCAGGCAGACAGACAGACACGCAGGCAGACAGACACGCAGGCAGGCAGACAGACACGCAGGCAGGCAGACAGACACGCAGGCAGGCAGACAGACACGCAGGCAGACAGACAGACACGCAGGCAGACAGACAGACACGCAGGCAGACAGACAGACACGCAGGCAGACAGACAGACACGCAGGCAGACAGACAGACACGCAGGCAGACAGACAGACACGCAGGCAGACAGACAGACACGCAGGCAGACAGAGAGACAGGCAGACAGACACGCAGACAGACAGACAGACACGCAGACAGACAGACACGCAGGCAGACAGGCAGGCAGAAAGACACGCAGGCAGGCAGAAUUGCUGGUGUUGUAAAACUCAUUUUGGGAGAUUCUGAUGCAUAGCCAUGACAAAACAAAAUGAGGGCAUUAAUUCCAUUUCCUAAAGUUUUGUGUAAAUUAAAUUUGAGAAUGAUUUUUCUAGCUUGUAGCCCUUAAUAUUUCCACUCUUUGUCUCAUGGUUAUUAUAAUGGUAAUAUGGAAUGCUCUCGUGCCGUUUUAAACAAACUGUCCCCCUCCCUCUCCCCUCACUCACUUCCCCGGGACUCUCUCUCUUUGUAAAGGUCAUGCUCUUGUUGUCAAGUAGUUGCCUAGCGUAGCUCCAUAUCCCAGGGUGCUGUUCAUCCUUCUCUUUCUGUUCCACUUGUUGCAUCCUAAUCCAACCCUGGUACAGGACGGGGUCGACCUGGUCGACAGGAGGCAGGGUUCCUCCGUUUGCACAAUAAGGUGUAUUUCUGAAUUGUCGCCUGUCGCCCUCCCAAAAAAUGUCCUUCUCAUAUUUAGCAAAUACACCAGCUAGGUUUUUUUGUUGCCAUUCAUUGAUUGAUCUGAACUGCUACUAUCUUGAUAAGUAUUUAAUAAACCAUUUAAUAAAGUGACCAAAAGGGUGACCACCUU